AUGGAUCCAGUGGUAGAGAAAACGCUAGAAAACAAAGAAAACGUCGCAGAAAACGCGUCGAAAACUGCUCAAAGCGAUUUGACCUUGAGUAGUCAACCUACUACGCUUUCUUCCACGCUCUCUUCGAAAGGUAAGAAAAAGGCUGUCAAGAGAGCUAAAAAGAAGGCUGCUAAAAAGAGGAAGCAUGCUGCUGCCGCAGUUGCUGGCGCUGAUGUUGAUGACACUCCUUCUGAACAUCACCCUCCUUCUACUGCAGGAACUGAAUCCGUUGCUGAAACCGAAGCCGAGGGUGAGGGUGAGGAAGAUGAAGAUGAAGAGCCUCUCGCUACUCCCAGAGCUUCUUAUGAAGAAACCGAUGCUGAUGCCGCUGCUACUGCAGCUCCCACUCCUUUAAGUGCCCAUCCUGCUUCUGCUUCUGCUCCUGUUGCUCCUGCUGCUGCUGCUAGCACUAGCACUAGCCCUAGCCUUAAUCCUCAUUCUCGUCCUAGCCCUAGUCUUAGCCCUGCUCCUACCCCUGCUAAAGCAGACAUUGGCAGCAGCGAUGAUAGCAGCUUGCACAGUGAAGAUCGUAAAUCCGUAUUUACGGAGGCACCCAGUGCUGCUGAAGACCAUGUAGAGAUGAUCGACUUUUUCCCAAGACCUAGCCAGCAAACUCCUAAAGAAGAGACCACCGGUAUUCAAUCUGGUGCUACCAAGGCUGCUGCAGCUAGCACAGUUCCUGAUGUUUCUUCUCAAACUAGUGGUGAUAUUCAGCAAGUCAUUACCACUGGAGAUGAUUUAUCUUCUGCAUCUGGCGACAAGUCUUACGGCAACGAAGACACCUUCGUUUCCAGAGGAUACAACCAAAAGAGCGGACUUGGAUACGACUCUGUAAAUGACACUAGCUCCAAGGCUUUUGUUGAUAAGGCUGUCUCUUCUUCCGAAAAGGAUGCUGCCGCUUAUGAAUCCUACAACCACUUCCCUACUGGCUUUUCCAUGACCCAGCACAUUGACGCUGGCGUUCAACAGGAGAUUGCUUUCGAGGAUGCUGAAGAUUUUGCCUACCAAGACCCCAACGUCCCUCAUACCACUAGCGUCACCACUGAGGGUAUUUCUACCGCUCCUUCUACUGCUGCUCACAGUACUACUACUAGCAAGUACGCCGAAGACUCUAACGAGGGUGUUACCAUGCCUGGUAGCUUAGCUUCUCCUGCUGAUGACGACGAGGACGUUGAUAAUGUUUCUAAGCAACCCGUCCCUAGCAAGGAGACUGCUGAUUCUUCCAAGCCCGUCGAUACUACCGACGCCAAUAACGCUUCUACUGGUGCUUUUGCUCCCAAGCCUGCUACCAGUGGUGCUUCCACUGGUGCUAAGGCCCCUACCAGUGACGCUACUACCGCUGCCAAGUCUCCUGCUGGCGGUGCUUCUACUAGUGCCAAUGCUCCUGCUGAUGAUGCUGCUACCUCUGCCAAGUCCCCUACUGACGCUAAUAAAGCUUCUACCGGUGCUUUUGCUCCCAAGUCUCCUGCUGGUGAUGCCUCUACUGGUGCCAAGUCUUCUGCUGGUCCUGCAGCUGCUGGUGCUGGCGCUACUAGCGCUGCCGGUAGCGCUGGUGCCGGUGCUGGCAACGCCAAGCAGGCCCCCAAAUCUGCUGUUGAUAAGGCCGAGACUAUGGCUUCCAAUAAGGCCCACGCUGCUCAAAACACAAAGGACGAGGUUCUUGGCAAGUCCCCCUCUAAGGAUGCCAAGGACGCUACUAAGGAUACUCAAAAGACUCCCGCUAAGGAUGCCAAGGAUGCCCAAAAGUCCCCUGUCAAGAAAGCUGAAGGUGCUCUUGACCCAUCCAAGUCUCCCAAGGAGACUGGCGCUGGUACCGGAGCUGGUACCGGGGCUGGAGCCAGAGCUGGAGCUGGAGCUGGUACUGGAGCUGGUACUGGAGCUGGAACUGGUACUGGAGCUGGAGCCUCUUCUGCUGCCAAACCUACCACUGGCCAUGCCGGCACUGAAGCUACUGAGGCUGAAAACAAGACUAAGGAUGCCACUGACUCUCCUGCUAAGAAGGGUAUCUUCAAACGUUUUAAGAAAGCUAUCCGUAAUGCAUUCCACUAA